AUGAUUCUAAUUUUAUUGUGUCUAACCUCAAUUUGGUGAGAGUUUGUGAGCGGAUUUUUGAGAUUACACGAUGUUUCAGGUCCAAUAUUCUAGCCUUCAAUUUUGCGGUUAUUUGUAUGGAUGAUGAUGGAUCGGAUACUUCUACAACUACAAACACCACCGUUGCACCAAAAUCACAUUUCACAAACAGUCAGUUUCAGCAUCAAGGAUGAUUCGGUUAACUGAUGUUUUCAGCGCAAACUUCUAUGGCAAUAUCAGUUGUGGCGAUUGCAGCACUUCUCGGAAAUUUUCCAGUCGUCAAAUUAGUUGGGCUCGUUGGAAUUCGCACAGUUUUCGCGAGUUUAGGAGUUUUGUCGGCUAUCGCAACACUAUUAGUUCCGCUGACAAUAAACAUGGGAUACGGCUACUUUUUAGCAGCUCGUUUUUUUCAAGGCCUCGCAUUCGCUGCAAACUUCCCAGUCAUUGGUGCAUUUUGUGCAAAAUGGACAUAUUUCAAGCAAAACGGCUUGUUUGUGUCGACGCUUGUCGCUUAUGUUCAACUUUCUCCAGCAAUCACAAAUCCGGCUUCGGCAGCUCUUUGUGAUGGUUUAGGUUGGCCAUCGAUUUUCUAUGCUCACGGCGCUGUUUCUCUCAUAUUAUUCGUGAUUUAUGCCAUUUUUUAUCGUAACUCUCCACAAAAACAUCCAUUUGUUGGAAUCGUGGAACUCAACAAAAUCUCGAUUGGGAAAAUGAAUGCUGAGUGAGUUUUGGGAAAUUUUAUUAUCAUUUUGAUUUUUUUUAUAUUUAGUAAACGUGCUCAAAAAUCAAUCCCAUACGUAGCAAUUCUAAAAACUCCUGCAAUAUGGGCUGCUUGGAUUGCUGCAAUCGGAAAUUUCACAUGUGUCAACACCUUGUUCCUAUACAGUCCCGUAUAUUUAUCAAAAGUGCUUGGAUUUCCUGUGAAUAGCACUGGAUUAACAUCCGCCCUUCCACCAAUCCUUCAGUUCGCAACAAAACUAAUUUUUGGAAUUAUUUCGGAUCGGAUGAAAUGCAUUUCAGAAGUUUGGAAAUUCAGAUUAUUCAAUUCAGUUGCAUUCAUCGGAUGUGCCACUUUUCUGAUAGUUCUUGCAUUUAUGACAGAUUCGAAUCGAGAAAUUAAUUUUAUUAUAUUGAGCGCGUCAGCUGCAACGCUUGGAGCAACGACCGGCGGAUUCUACAAAGCUGCUCCAGUCUUGUCAAAACAAUACAGUCAUUUUGUAACUGGUAAUAUAUCUCUAGGAAUUACGAUAACUAUUAGCCUUUUACCAAUCGGUGCACCUCGCUCUAUCGCACUCGCCAUGGAAGAGAAAAGUUUUUUUCGCGUCCUAGGAUCCGACACACUCGGCCAUCUUUUUGUUUUUGUUUUUCUUUUUUUCAAAACGGUUUUCGUUUGCAUUUGAACUCGUGCGCUUUUUUUGGCGCGUCGCGUGCGAUGCGGAGCGUUUUUGUUCGAUGGAGCGAGGUGCACCGACGUAUGAAAGGCUAAUAUGCUUAUUGUUCCAUUUUACGUGAAUGCGCUGACACCAAAUAAUACACUCGAUCAAUGGAAAUGGGUGUUUAUUAUAACAGCUAUAGGUUUAUUGAUCACAAAUGUCAUUUUCUGCAUUUUUGUACGUGGUGAACCUUGUGAAUGGACUUCUGAUAGUUUCCAUGGACCAUCUUCUGUGUCUGAUGUUGAUUUUUGUGGAAUGUCAAGCAACACAAUCAGCGCCAAUGUAUUGUAGAAGAGUUUUCUGAAUAAUUAAUAUAGAAGUUCUGAAAUAAUAUAAAAAUAUUUGUUUUUUUUUUCUUCAAAAAACAAUCUCUCCCCAACAAAUUUCACAGACAGGUUCAUCAAUUAA